AUGGUACUCGAUACUGAAAAACGACCUGUGAAAGUAGCCAACUGUUCCGGCUACCAUGGGGACCCGGCUUUCGAAAUGUACCGACAGGCCACACUGGGCGAUGUUGAUUUUAUUACUGGCGACUAUCUUGCUGAGGUAAAUCUGGCCAAUAACGCCCAGGCUUGGAGAAAUGGAGAGCAUCCGGGGUAUGAACCAACCGCCUGGGAUGGUCUUCAGCAGACAAUAGAUGUUAUUGCCCAAAAAGGGAUCCGAGUUGUCAUCAAUGGGGGUGCUCUCGAUCCCAAAGCACUUGCACUAAAGGUGGAGACUUUGGUUUCCGAAAAGAAACUCAAUAUUCGUGUUGCGUAUCUUUCGGGUGAUGACUUAUAUCCAGCUCUUGGCCCAAAUAUGCCAACCACAAAGGAGGAAUUGCGGCACCUAGAUUCCACCAACAUUUCCACAGCACCAGCCGAGCUUACUUAUGCGUUUCUCAACAAUGGUGGGGACCCAGUUCCAAUGAUCUCCGCACACGCAUAUCUCGGAGCUCGAGGAAUUGUCGAAGGCCUGCGACGGGGAGCUGACAUUGUCAUCUGUGGUCGAGUUGCUGAUGCCAGCCCUGUUAUUGCUGCCGCUUGGUUCUGGCAUGACUGGUGCGAAACAGACUAUGACGAGCUCGCAGGAUCUUUGAUUGCUGGCCAUCUCAUUGAAUGUUCGGCAUAUGUGACUGGUGGUAAUUUCGCUGACUUUGAUAAUUAUGACCUGGAUAGCCUUAUAGCGCCAGGGUUUCCAAUCGCUGAAAUCGCUAGGGAUGGCACAUGUGUGAUUUCCAAGCAUCCCGGAACAGAUGGGUUCAUUAACGUAGAUACUGUUCGUUGUCAAUUCUUGUACGAACUGCAGGGAAAUACGUACCUCAACAGCGAUGUCAGCGCCCAUAUUGCCGACGUACACGUCGAGGAGGCUGGGAACGAUCGCGUAUUGAUAUCCGGCAUUCGAGGAUCACCCCCACCGCCGACAACAAAAUGUGCGAUCUUUUACCAAGGAGGAUAUGAAGCCCAGCUUCUUCUCAAUGCGACUGGAUAUGGUACUCCCAAGAAGUGGGAUCUUCUCGAAAAGCAACUCCGUCACUUUAUUCCAGCAGAUAUCAUAAAUGAUCUGGAAACAUUAGAGUUUCAACGAGUCGGAGUCGCCGCUCAAAAUCCAAGCUCUCAGCUAGACAGCACAACCUACCUUCGAGUACUCAGUACGUCGAGAAAGCAGAGCGCUGUCAUUGCCGUAGCAAAGGCAAUGGGAAAUAUUUCUCUCAGGCAUUUCUCUGGUUUCCACGCUUCGUUGGAUAUGCGAACAGCAAUUCCCAGACCAUUCCUUGCCUACUAUCCUGCAAUAGUCAGCCAAUCAGAUAUCAACGAGACGAUCAACUUCAUCGACGGACCGAAGAUCUCAUCUUUCGGGACCGGGCACCCAGCCCGAUACGAAGAACUUGGCACGCGCGAUACCUAUGAUCCCAAGGAGCCACAGAUAUAUGCCUGCGAUACUAAACAGAUUAGACUAGGGGAUGUCGCCCUAGGUCGAUCAGGAGAUAAGGGUGGGAAUCUCAACGUGGGGUUCUUCCCUAAAAGCUCUUGUCAUUGGCCUUGGCUGCGGGAUUACAUGACCAAAGAUCGUAUGCGCCAGCUUAUUGGAACAGACUGGGAUGACAGUUUCUUCAUCGAGCGUGUUGAGUUCCCUCAUAUACACGCUGUGCAUUUUGUUGUUUACGGAAUUUUGGGUCGCGGUGUGAGCAGCUCUAGCCGCCUUGAUGGCUUCGGAAAGGGCUUCUUGGAUUAUGUUCGGGAUAAAUUUGUUGAAGUGCCCGUUGAUAUUUUCUAA